AGAAAGCCAGUACCAGAACAGGGUCCACUAGGGUGCUGUAGGAGAAGCGAAAAUGGCAGCCAUGGCUGCACUGCAGAGCUCAAUGAGCGCUCUUUCUCUCUCCUCAAGCUCUUUCUUCGGCCAACGCCUCUCUCCGCCUCCUCUCUUCCCUUUUCCGGUAAAGUCAAGGCAGAACCGAUGUCUCAUUGUAAUGAAGCUUAAAAGAUGGGAGCGGAAGGAAUGUAAGCUGAACAGCCUUCCAGUUCUACAUAAAAUGCAUGUGAAGGUAGGAGAUAUGGUUCAAGUAAUAUCUGGGCGUGAUAGGGGUAAAAUUGGAGAGAUUACAGAGAUUUUUAAGCACAACAGCACUGUCAUAGUGAAAGAUAUAAACUUGAAGACGAAGCAUCAGAAGAGCAAAGAAGAGAGUGAACCAGGGCAGAUAACUAAGAUCGAAGCACCUAUUCACAGCUCAAAUGUGAUGCUCUAUUCCAAAGAACAAAACGUAGCAAGCCGUGUGGGUCAUAAAGUGCUAGAUAAUGGUAAAAGAGUCCGCUACCUCAUAAAGACUGGAGAAAUAAUGGACAGUGAAGAUAAUUGGAAGAAAUUGAAGGAAGCCAAAAGAGAAAAAACUGAAGUCGCUUUAACUUCAAAGUAACUCAGCGCCUGUCCUCACUGCAAUGUACUUUAUGUAAUCCUUAUCCCAAUGUCCCUACAAUCUUCCAUCAUUGCUUAUCAAUUACAGUAAACAUCUUGAAAUAAUCUUGUUGUUAACCUAGCUAAAGAGGAACGGUUUCAGGGGUGGUAAAUAUCUUUGAAUGGUCAGUAAUUGUCAUAUGAAAAAGAUCAAUGUGUAGAAUCAAGCAUGAAGCUUUGUUUUAUAAUUGCAGCAUGUUCUCUUGCU